CUUUCACUUUCAGUGGAGCUGUUCUUUGUGUGACCAUGAACGCCACAGGUGAGCAGUGCUUUAGUGGUGGUCUGGACUCGACAAUCAAAUGUUGGAACUUACCAAAUUCUAACAUCGAUCCCUAUGAUUCUUAUGACCCAGGAAUACUAACCACUACCCUUAAGGGCCACUCGGAUGCAGUAUGGGGGUUGUCUAUUCAUAGCUCUAAGUUACAGUUAUUGUCUUGCUCAGCUGACGGAACAGUUCGACUUUGGUCACCACAGAUCAAAGCACCACUUCUUCACACCUAUCAUGCUGAAAAAGAUGAUGGUCGUCCUGCUUCAGCUGAUUUUGUUCGUUGUGACCCUGCACAAAUGGUGGUAGCCUACACCUCUUCCAGUGCAGUAAUCUUCGAUUUGGAAACAGGAAAAAUUGUUCUACGUUUAGACAGUGAUCAGACUCCAAGUGCAAGUCCCCUAAGUAAACAGAUCAACCAUGUUGUUUGCCAUCCUACUUUACCUCUCACAAUUGCAGCUUAUGAAGACAGACACAUACGAUUCUUUGACACGACAACUGGUAAGUAUACUUUGUUAUAUAAUGUGGUUUGGACUGAUGGAAAUUUACAACUUGUUGUUUAG